AUGAGCAUCAGGACCCCACCCACACUCCUGCAGCUGGCAGCGGAGAGCCUGCUGAGGGACCAGGCCUUGGCCAUCGCAGCUCUGGAGUACCUGCCCGCCGAGCUCUUCCCACAGCUGUUCAUCCAGGCCUACCAUAGCAGACGCCACCAGGUCCUGAAGGCGAUGACACAAACCUGGCCCUUCACUGUCCUCCCUCUGGGGAGCCUGAAACGGCCACCUCCAGUCCAGGUCUUCAAAGCCGUGUUGGAUGGGCUUGACCUUCUGCUUGCCCAGGAGGUUCGCCCCAGGAGGUGCAAACUGCGGGUGCUGGAUUUAAGGUUCAUGGAUCCCAACUUCUGGAGAAUGUGGUGUGGAGACAGCACCCAGAAGUACUCACCGAUUUUUCCAGUGACUAAGCACAGGUCUAGCCCCAACAAGGAGCACCCCUUAGCUCCCGUGGAGGUGUUCCUAGAUCUUGACUUCAAUGAAAGGAACAGAGAUGCAUUUUUCAUGUAUGUCAUCCAAUGGGCCCAGCAGAGGGAAGGGCUGGUACACCUGUGUUGCAAGACGCUGAGGAUUGCUGAGGUGCCCUUCCACAGGGCGAGGAAGGUCCUGGAUGUGGUGCAGCUGGAAUGCAUCCAGGAGGUAGUACUGAGCUGCACCUGGGACCUGACCACCCUGGGGACGUUUGCUCUUUAUAUGGGGCAGAUGAGGAACCUGCAGAGACUCGUUGUCUCCUACGUCCAUGUGUUGGGUGAAGAGGAGCAGGAUUGGGAAGAGGAAGAAGAUUUGGAUUGGGAGGAAGAAGAACUGGAUUGGGAAGAGGAACUGGAAAGGGAAGAGGAAGAGGAGCAGGAUUGGAAGGAUGAUGAGGAGCAGGAUUGUGAGGAAGAGGAGCGAGAGAGGGAGGAGCAGGAGUUGCAGAUAUCCUUUUCCCAGUUCUUCUCUCAGAUGCUCAGCCCACUGCACCUCUGUGAGCUAGAACUGGAUUCCCCCUUCUUUCUCCGAGGCCGUCUGGACCAGAUGCUCAGGUGCCUGCAGUCCCCCUUGGAAAAACUUACAAUAAGUUGUUGCCGGUGCCUGACCCAUUCAGACCUGACACACCUGUUCCAGUGCCCGAACUUCAGGCAGCUGAAGACCUUGGGUCUGUAUUCUACCAGCCUCGCUGACUUUAGUCCUGAGCCCCUCCGAGCUCUGCUGGAGGCAUUGGCACCCACCCUCCAGGACCUGUUCCUCGAAAACUGUGCCAUGGUGAAUUCCCAAGUUGAGGCCAUCCUGCCUGUCCUGAGCCGCUGUCACCAGCUGAGAAAGUUCACCAUCACUGAGAACCGCCUCUCUGUGGCCACCGUGGAGAAGCUGCUGCGCCACACGGCCGGGCUGCGCAGCUUAGAAUAUGAGUAUUACCCGGUCCCCCGGGAGUGUUACACGACCCUGGGCACUGUCCACUGGGACAGACUCGCCCUGGUCCGGGCUGAGCUGAAGGGGAUUCUGAGGGAGUUAGGACAGCCCAGGACCAUCAAGCUUGCCACCGACAGGGGCUACAACUUUUAUAAAGUUGCAUUUUCAUGA